CACUUUUGUAGACGAGCCUUAUACGCCAGAGCACAUGAGCUUCUUCAAGGAAAUGGGGAUCGCGCACAUCCGUAUCCUUGUCGAACCCAACAAGGAUCCUGCAGUCAAGUCUCCAGACUACGUUAUCUGUCAGGUAUUGGAAGUCUUGCUCAACAAGGCCAAUCACCCUGUUCUUGUCCAUUGCAACAAGGGAAAACAUCGGACCGGCUGUGUGGUCGCCUGCUUCCGCAAGAUUCAAGGUUGGCGCAUUGAAGAUGUGCUGGCUGAGUAUCAGACAUAUUCGUUCCCCAAGUCAAGGCCGCUGGAUCAGAAAUUCAUCAUGGCGUUUGACGCCUCCCAGCUCUCUAGCCUGGUACAGAUCUCUGGCGUGAAAAUGUGGCAGUCUGCCAGUCUGCCGAAGGCAUUAUCUGAAGAGAAUGCCAAGGAUCAGGCCUCAUCCUCGAGUCGGCUUCUACCCUCUCUGGGCAAAAUAUACGUGACUUGAUAAUCCUAUGUCGAUGAAACUCACGCCGUUCUUUUCUGUCAUCUGUGGUGUGCCUGGUCAUCGCAGUAGUCGGUGGUCUGACAACGCAAGGUUUUCAGCUAGCUCUUGUCGCCUCUCGUUCUGCAUCAAAAUCUACUCUUUUGAUUAGAACACUGGCCAUCAAUGAAAGGCUUGUGUACCCAGAGCGAAAGCCACUCAAACUCCGCAGCGCUCCGCGAUGUCUAGAG